AUGACCAGUAUGCUGCGCUCUAUCCGGCUCGCUGGCCCCUCCCGCUGGGCUCGCGGAUACGCGACAGUCUCGAAUCCGCAGACGCUCAUCGAGAAGAUUGUACAAAAGUACGCGGUGGACCUGCCUGCUGGGCAAAAAGUCCGGAGUGGGGACUAUGUCAUGAUCCAGCCUGAGCAUGUAAUGACCCACGACAAUACAGGACCUGUCAUCUCCAAGUUCCUCUCCCUGUCCUGCUCGGCUAUCCGUAAUCCCCGUCAACCCGUUUUUGCGCUCGACCAUGACGUCCAGAACAAGUCGGAGACCAACAUGAAGAAGUACAAGAAGAUCGAGGCGUUUGCGAAGGAGCACAAGGUGGACUUUUACCCUGCCGGAAGAGGGAUUGGACAUCAAAUUGUGGUGGAGGAGGGAUAUGCGUGGCCGGGGAAGAUGGUGGUUGCAAGUGAUAGUCACAGUAACCACUACGGAGGAGUGGGGUGCUUGGGGACUGCUAUCGUCAGGACAGACGCUGCUGGGAUCUGGGCGACCGGAAAGUUCUGGUGGCAGAUCCCCCGUGUCAUCUCGGUCAACCUCGACGGGCGGCUCUCGCCCGGCGUCACUGGCAAGGAUGUCAUCGUCGCCCUCGCUGGUCUGUUCAACAAGGACGAGGUUCUGAACGCCGCUAUCGAGUUCACCGGCUCCGGAAUUGAGCACAUCUCAAUAGACGAGCGGCUGACCAUUGCCAACAUGACGACCGAGUGGGGCGCGGUGGCGGGUGUGUUCCCGGUGGAUGAUAAGCUGAGGGGAUGGUACGAGGCGAUGAUACGGAAGAAUGAGCUCCGGCGGUUCCUCUCCUCCCCAUCCGACUCUUCCCUUUCUCCUAUCCCCAUCCCCUCCGACCCAUCCGAACCAAGCCCACCACAUCCCCGGCUCAACUCUUCUCGGCUAGACGAGGCCCUGGCAAAUCGCCCAACAGCGGACCCCGGAGCGGUCUAUGCAAGCCGCCUCACACUCGACCUCUCUACCCUCGCUCCCUACGUAUCCGGACCCAACUCGGUCAAGAUCGCCACCCCCUUGACGAAACUCAUGAACCCCCCUAUCAAAAUCAACAAGGCGUACCUCGUCUCGUGUACCAACUCGCGCGCAUCGGAUAUCGCCUCGGCGGCGGCGGUGUUGCGGGGAAAGAAGGUGGCACCGGGCGUGGAGUUCUACAUUGCUGCGGCGUCCAGUAGGGUGCAGGAGGAUGCCGAGUCGGCGGGAGACUGGCAGGCGCUGGUGGAUGCCGGAGCCAAGACGCUGCCAGCGGGCUGUGGGCCGUGCAUUGGACUCGGCGUGGGACUGCUGGAGAAGGGAGAGGUUGGGAUCAGCGCGACGAAUCGGAACUACAAGGGCCGGAUGGGCGAUCCCGGAGCGGUGGCAUACCUCGCCAGUCCCGCCGUCGUUGCUGCUUCUGCGGCUCGGGGAAUCAUCUGCGGGCCGGACGAUAUGGACAUGUCCGCCCUACCUCAGGUGGACCGGCCAACCAUCUCCAUCAUCAGCGAACCUACACCUCCCGCCUCGCCAGUCGACGAGGCAUCCCUCGAACCCCUUCUCCCUGGUUUCCCCGACUACUUCUCUGGUCCCCUCGUCUUUGCACCACAAGACAACCUGACCACGGACGGCAUGUACCCCGGCAAGUACACAUACCAGGACGAUAUCACGCCCGAACGUCAAGCCGAGGUCGUCAUGGAGAACUAUGACCCCACCUUCGCUGCGGACAUUCGGGACAUCCGGACCGCCAACUCCUCCUCCACUCCUAUCCUCUUUUCCGGUUACAACUUUGGUACCGGCUCCUCCCGCGAGCAGGCGGCGACCGCCAUCAAGAACGCCGGGAUCCCGCUAGUCAUUUGCGGCUCGUUUGGUGAUAUCUUCAAGCGCAACUCGAUCAACAAUGGGUUGAUCCUCGUCGAGGCGCCAGAACUGAUCACCGAGUUGACGGAGCGAUUUGGGAAGGAUGGGCAGAGGGGGAAGGGCGGCAAGGAGGGAGAGUUGACGGUGAUCCCUAAAGACUGGGAGGUCAAGGUGGAUACGAGAAGAGGAGGCGUGACGGUGAGGAUGGGGAAUGAGGGGGAGAAGGUGUUCCCGAGCGCGAGGGUCGGGCGGAGUGUACAGGAGCUGUGGGUAAACGGGGGUCUGGAGGGCUUCAUCAGGGCUUCAUUGUAG